ACGCUGCUGCAAUGUGAGCGGGUCACAUGAUAGACCCCGACCUUGUCGAACGUGGCCCCGGAAUGCGACCUUUUUGUCCCCUCCCCUCCGUCCAUGUCAUCCCGACCUGUCUGCCAGGUUUAGUCGACGCCUUCAUCCAGUGGUACCAGAUGGGUGUCCGACCUGUUUGGCUGAGAACGCUUAGAAUAAAACGAGUGUUAUAAUCUCGUCACUUUACAGACAAAACCCUCCUCCCGCUAACAGGGAAGUAAAAACAAUGCACCGCUCCGCCGGUUUCGUGUCGAUCUUCGGCAUGUGUGGCCACUGAAAUCCUCCAAACUCAACUGACGCGGGGGAGUUUUUUGGCACAGCUGGAACAAAACGAGGCAAAAAAAAAGAUGUUUUCCUUUCUGAGUUCAGAGAGAAACCCCCUUCCUGAGAACAUCCACAUCUCAACUCUUCCCCCCAGCCUCCCCCCCGAUCAUGAACCUGGCCAAACAGGAGGAGAGGGCAUGGCAGGAGAGAAAGAAGUGAUCCAGACUACGCACACACACAAAGUUGUCUCCUCCCCAUCUGUGUUUCCAGGAGGAAAUACUGACACUGUAGCCAGCACUUAUUUUGACCAGAGAGUCCCCAUUCCAGAGGACAGUAAUAAGACGAGUUUUAGUUUCCGUAAACUGUGGGCCUUCUCUGGGCCAGGGUUUCUGAUGAGCAUAGCCUACCUGGACCCGGGAAAUAUAGAAUCUGACCUACAGUCUGGUGCUAAAGCUGAGUAUAAGCUGCUUUGGGUGCUACUGGGAGCCACCAUCAUUGGUCUGCUGCUGCAGAGGCUGGCAGCUCGACUGGGAGUGGUCACUGGGAUGCACCUGGCUGAAGUCUGCAAUCGUCAGUAUCACACUGUGCCUCGUAUCAUCCUUUGGUUGAUGAUGGAGCUGGCAAUCAUUGGUUCAGACAUGCAGGAGGUCAUUGGCUGUGCCAUAGCUUUCAACCUCCUCUCCUCUGGCAGGAUACCCUUGUGGGGUGGUGUCCUCAUCACCAUCACUGACACAUUUGUCUUUCUCUUCUUGGAUAAGUAUGGUCUUAGGAAGCUGGAAGCCUUUUUUGGUUUCCUUAUUACCAUUAUGGCCAUUACCUUUGGAUAUGAGUAUGUGACAGUGAAGCCAAACCAAGUCCAGCUGCUGAAGGGGAUGUUUGUGCCAUACUGUGAAGGCUGUGGGCCCGCGCAAUUGGAGCAAGCGGUGGGCAUCGUUGGAGCAGUCAUCAUGCCUCACAAUAUCUACCUCCACUCCGCCCUCGUCAAGUCUCGAGAAGUGGAUCGGUCCAGCAAGAAGGAGAUAAAAGAGGCCAACAAAUACUUCUUUAUUGAGUCAUCCAUCGCGCUGUUCAUCUCAUUCCUCAUCAAUGUAUUUGUGGUGGCUGUGUUUGCUGAGGCUUUCUAUGAAAACACAAACUCAGAGGUGAACAGUGUCUGUAAUGCGUCAGGUAGCUCCCAUUCGAAUCUUUUCCCAAUGGACAAUGGAACUCUACAGGUGGACAUCUAUAAAGGGGGACUGGUGUUGGGCUGUUUCUUUGGCCCUGCAGCCCUCUACAUCUGGGCAGUGGGAAUCCUUGCAGCGGGCCAGAGCUCUACCAUGACCGGGACCUACUCUGGCCAAUUUGUCAUGGAGGGUUUCUUGAACCUGCGCUGGUCGCGUUUCGCUCGGGUGUUGUUGACCCGUUCCCUUGCCAUCACCCCAACGCUGCUAAUGGCCGUCUUCCAGGACGUACGGCACCUGACGGGCAUGAACGACUUUCUCAAUGUUCUGCAGAGCAUGCAGUUGCCAUUUGCCCUCAUUCCAAUCCUUACGUUCACCAGUUUGCCCUCCCUUAUGAACGAGUUUGCCAAUGGAUUAGUAUUUAAGAUAGGAGGAGGAUUGGUUAUCUUGAUGGUGUGCUGCAUCAACAUGUACUUUGUAGUGGUUUACGUCAUGACCCUCAGCAGUGUGUGGCUGUAUCUAUUGGCUGCUUUCCUUUCCAUCGCCUACCUGACAUUUGUGGGUUACCUGGCAUGGUUAUGUCUGAUUGCUUUGGGCGUGUCCUGCCUAGAUCCGUCACCCACUGGGAGAAUGAACGACACCACCAUCCUGAUCGAGCAACAGCCAGAGUUUGACUCCUGACAGUGACAGUGCAGCGCUUGCUCAAGCUUUCCUGUAUUACUAACAUGUACAGGUGGAUAUUCAUGUCAAAGACCAAAGGUGCAGUGAUGGACAUGUCACCUAAUGUGGUUUGUGCACAUUAAACUGUACACCUUUGGUGUAUGUCUGAUUUUCACUGGUUUUGUAUCUGUGAAUUGCGUUUUUAAUGCUAUUCUAUUGAUAUUUAAUGUAAAAUUAAAUUGAGUUUUUUAGUUUAUGGAUAUUAUAAUAUGUUUUCUUUUUAGUUUUCUGCCAAUUUGACAAGACCAUGCGUAUAAAUAAAAAUUGGACAUCUAGCCAUAACUGUGGAACAACUAAUGCACUAUAAUUGCCGCCUGUCUCUCUUUAUACAGUACUCUGUACUGUACUUUUACAAAGUCUCUGCUCUUUCACCUUUUCCCAGUGUGCUGACAGCGGAGAUCAACAAAAAUGGUUAGACAUCAACACAGAAAAUAUUAUGAAAUUCAAACAGAAAAGCUAAGUAGAUAAUAGAAUUUGGUAAAUGGGUGAUAAAAAAAGAUAUGAACCUGCAAGUCAAAGUUGAGUGCAAUUAAGUAUUUUUGAAUUUUUAGGCUUCCGCAGCCCUUCUGUGUGCACCUAAAAGCUCCACCACUAUAACAGAGAGUACACCAGAUCAGCCUUGCCAAACUGAUGUGUUUACGUAGCCGGAUGAGGUUUUACAUGAUAAAUGGUUUUCAAGGAGAGAUGUGAGCCUUUGGCGGAGACUGUGCUAUUGCUACUUUGGCCACAGGGUGGCGGUGUAGCCUUUAACUGAGGGACGGGCAGAAGCGACCCCUAGUGCUGUACAACAGUGCAGUGAACACGCAUCAGAUGGCAUGGUGUGUUGUUGCAUCAUGUUUAAUACGCUGUUGAGAUUGCGCAAUGAUGUACGGAAGCAACAGUUUUGCACUAAGACAUACCAUGUUACAUAUUUGUCCAAAUAACUCAAUAUCUAAACCAAUGGCUGUAUUACUUUCUGAAUUCCCAGUGUGUAUAUUUGGAUUUUGGCUGUGCUUGACAUGCCUGUGGUGGUGGCGGUGGUGGGUCUGUAGACUUGCUGCUUUUGGGUAACUGGAGGCAGACACUGUUGGUUCCUCUGUCGCUUGAAUUCCAGGCUUGAAGUGUUUCAGCUUUCUGCAAGGCAAGGAGAGGCAGACGGACAGGUUUUUCUUUGCAUUGUGGCGGGGAACUUCCCCCCCCCCCCGUCAUGGAAGCAGAGUUAUGUAAGAGGGAGAGUCGUCCCACCUCCCCUCUCUGUUUUUGUUUUUCUCAAUGAGCCAAUGUCUCCCUGUACAGGCCUCACAGCCUGUCCAGUAGGCCCCUUUCCUGGAAACAUAGCCUAGCUGAGGCCACUCAGGGGCAGGCCUGGGAGGUGGGA